AUGCCGAGUACGCCGAGGAGGCCUCCCUGCCGGACCUGGACCUGCUGCACGACCCCGAGGACGAGCUGCUGUGCGCCAACCUGAUGGAGCUGGUCCAGGCCACGCUGGGCAGAGCCCCGCUGGGUGCCAAGCGCUGCUCCCGGCUCCUCAU